UCAGGUGAGAGCAAAGUAAUCGUCGCUACGGUCGCCUUUGGUAUGGGUGUACAUCACGACAGUGUCCGCUGGGUUAUACAUUUCUCGAUGCCUCCUAGUAUACAACAUUAUCAGCAGGAAUCCGGUCGUUGUGGUCGCGAUGGUAGACCAGCGAUUUCAAUACUGAUGGCCUCGCCAUUCGACAUAU